ACAUAUACAAGGAGAUUUCCGUAAAACCCGUUAAAGAAGCUAUAUUUCAAGUAUUACAAAAAAAUCCAGUCUUUUGAGUAAUAAUAUUUUACGCACUCUAAAGAACUUUAUCAAACCGUGUUCUGUCAUGGCGACUUGUGACGUUCAACAGGCCAUGAAGCUAAAAUUAACAAGUAAACCGCAAGCCAUUGAGGUUUUAGGAAAAAUAGUUAAAAAAGACAUCAAUGAGAAAAUUGAAGAGGAAGUAAAAAAUAAAGAGCAAGCAAUCUUGGAACUAGGAGAAAUAUUUGCUACAACUGGUCGAGCUGAUGAUUUAGCUGGAUUAAUCAAAUUAACAAGACCUUUCCUACGAUUAGUUAGUAAGGCUAAAGCUGCUAAGUUAGUGAGAACUUUAGUUGAUAAGUUUUUGGAUAUGGAUGCUGCAACUGGUAAAGAAGUAUCUCUUUGUCAAGAAUGCAUAGAGUGGGCAAAGGAGGAAAAACGAACUUUUCUUCGGCAAGCUUUAGAGGCUCGUCUGGUUGAUCUAUUCUAUCGCUCAACUGAGUAUGAAAAUGCGAUAAAUUUAAGUACUUCUCUUCUUAAAGAAUUAAAAAAGUUGGAUGACAAGGCUAUGCUUGUUGAAGUGCAAUUAGCUGAAUCAAAAACCUAUCAUGCUCUUAGUAACUUUGCAAAAUCUCGAGCUGCUUUAACUUCUGCCAGGACAACCGCAAACGGUAUUUACUGUCCGCCAAAACUGCAAGCCGAUCUAGAUGAACAAUCUGGUGUUUUACACGCAGCUGACGAUAAAGACUUUAAAACAGCCUUUUCAUAUUUUUACGAGGCCUUUGAAGGAUAUGAUUCUAUUGAGAGUCCUAGAGCAAUCGUAUCUCUAAAAUAUAUGCUACUAUCAAAGAUUAUGUUAAAGCAAGCUGAGGAAGUACAAGCAAUGGUUAGUGGUAAACUUGGAUUAAAGUAUGAGGGACCUGAAAUCGAUGCAAUGAAAAGUAUUGCGGAAGCUGCUAAGAAACGUUCUCUAGCUGAUUUUAAAAAGACUGUAGAUAAAUAUAAAAAACAAUUAGAAGACGACAGGAUCGUUCAACAUCACUUAUCUGCUCUCUAUGACAAACUUUUAGAGCAAAAUUUGUGCCGUCUAAUCGAACCUUUCUCUCGUGUGCAAAUUCAACACAUAUCAAGUUUAAUUAAGCUUCCACAGGACGUUGUUGAAAAGAAAUUAUCACAAAUGAUUCUGGACAAGACUUUUACAGGAAUCCUCGAUCAAGGAGCUGGUGUGCUAAUGGUAUUUGAUGAGAAACCAACCGAUGAUACUUAUUGCAAAUCCCUUGAUACUAUACAAAGCAUGGGUAAAGUUGUUGAUUCUUUGUAUAAUAAAGCGAAAAAGUUGUCAUGA